GAAGAAGUAGAUAUUGACAGUUUUGUCAAGAGUAUACCACACGAUGUCAAUGACUGGGAGAUAUAUCAUGCAGAUAGUUUGACCUUAGAGAAAAUAGGAGAUGGCUUCUUUGGUGAUAUAUACAAGGUAGCAAUGAUUAAAAGCUAUUUAUUAUAGCGUUCUAAUUUAAUAUUUCAACACAAUGUCAGAACAUCAAGCAGUCUUUGUCUGUGCUUCGAUGCUUCGACGCUUCUAGUACUAUUAUAGUUAAAACCCCAAACAUGUAUUCUGGAACUUAUUACAACGAUUUAAAAGGGUUUGUUUGUGAUUGUAACGAUUGAAAAAUGUUUAUUUAAACUACGUGCAAUAAAUCAUGUAUAAAGUAUGAAUAGAAGCGUAAGAUGUUUGUAGUACUGUAUAUAAAAAUACAAGUUGUGGCAAAUUUUAGUAAAUUUAAUAGUGCCCUGCACUGCAGCAAUAAUCUUGGUAAUUUCAGUGAAUGUAGCUCGGAGUGUAGCUAUAGACGUUGUCAUUGUCACGUAAUAAUACUGACUUUCACACACAAAUAAAACAACAUUUUCAAAGGAGCUUGUCUUGUUUAUUAUGUAGUGAUAAAGUGUUACAGACAGCUGAACAUUAUAUAGACAACUUCGAUGCAUGAAAUACAGCCUACUAUAUUGUAUAUAAGUUUGCACUUAUUUGUUUACCUCUUUGUCUAUAAAGUUACUGACUUCGAUCCAUGCAUUCUUAUUGUAGGCUACGGAUUCAAAAACCGGCAAAAUAUUUGUCAUCAAGACUAUGAAGAAAGCAACCAAGAUGAAACUGAUGUGUGCGGAAAUACGACUUAUGGCUCGGUUGAAGCAUCCCAAUAUAUUAAGGCAUGUCUGAGAGUUUUCGUUUUCUCUCUUGAAUUUGUUUUGUAGCUUUGUGGCUUGCAUUGUAUAAAUUGCUACAUCGCUCCAGGAGACGAAGUUUUAAUAAUUUCCAAAACAAUAAUAGUUCUUGCAAAUCAGCAAUUAUUAAAUCGUCCUUUGUGUGUUUAUAAUAGAUUUCUUGGUGUAUGUCUCGACACUUCUGGAAUUCACUUGCUUACCGAGGUGAGAGUUGCAUAAUAUUAUAAUUUGUAAUGGAAGUAUUUUUGUAAAUAAAUAAAUGCGAACUAACUCGUUUGAUUUUGCUGAUUGUGUGCUUUAAUUAAGUAAACAUGGAAGAUUUUUAAUUUUAAUAAAGGGUAUUUAUGGUGUUUUGUAGUAUAUGGAAAUUGGCAAUUUAGAGGAAGUUGUUGAAGACAAUAGGGAGCCAUUGCCGUGGUCCCUGCGUAUGAAGCUUGCCCAUGAUAUAUCCAAAGGCAUGGCCUAUCUGCAUAGUGUUGGGGUAAUCCAUCGCGAUUUAGCAUCUAAGGUUUGUUUACAGAUUUCGCGAUACUAAGUGAAUAUAUUUACAUUCCGUUGUAUCCGCCUCUUAAAAGAUAAACAUGCUGACAAACUUGAGUGUUUGUAAUGAUAAUUUCAACUAAAUUCCGUUUGUUCUUUCUUAUCUAGAAUGUGCUAAUUUCAAACGAGAGCAAUGGUUACACUGCAGUCGUUGCAGACUUUGGUCUAGCUGCCAAAAUUCCAUCAAGGUAUGUUAAUUUUACAUAUCGUACAUUUGUAACAAACAUUAUCCAAUAUCAUUCAAUAAUUAACUUUUAAAAUAUCCAACAGUGCCUUUGCGACAAAACGCUGUAUGCUCUUGCAGUUAAACAGAAAAAAACUAAAAUGAAACAUUUCCCUGAUAUUAACUGUCAAAAUGCUUCAAAAUGUAACCAGUUGAAUAGAAAUUUUAUAACAGUUCCAAUGUAGUAGGUUGGUGUAGUAUAGAAGUAUUAUCAAAGGCUGUUUUAUUAUUAACCAAGUCUUGCACACACUUGAAUUUGUAUAAAGAAUGAGUCUGUAGUGAGAUGAAGUAACUAGGAAUUAGAGGUGUGCAUCGGAUUGGAUUGGACGUUUAUAAUCCGACAAUUGGCUAAUGUUUAAAACCCGAUCCGAUCCGAAAUUGUCUAAUCCGAAUCCGAUUCGAGUUUUGAUAAAGAAUUCCGAUCCAAAGAAUCCUUUAAUAAAAUAAAUUUCUAAUUCAAGUGGAAAUAUUUAACCAAAUAAUAACUAUUAAUAUGUAUAAUUAAUUCAUUUUAUUUUGAAUAUCGAAGUACGAUCCGACUAUAAAACAACUUUAUCAAUCUGAUCCAAUCCAAAAUGAAUAUUUUUGUUCCGAAAUUCAAACCGAUCGGAUCAGAUUCGUAUCAGAUUUGCACACCUCUAAUAGGAAUGAUCCUUGGACCUGGAACUGGUUGUUUGAAAGCCAGUUAGCUUAAUCCUGGACCUAGGUUAACCAAAUUAAAAUGUUAAAGAAAAUUUCCCAACAAGUUGAAAUUGUUUUUCCAGCUAACCAGUGAGGUGUUAAAUUUAAUCCAGUCUCGAACAACUGGCUGCUGAUGGUUGAUCCACCAAAAAUGUAGUAUAUGUCAAAAUCCAUACAUUAAUUGAUUCAUGUCAGCUUAUCAACAAACACAAGCAUUCUUGCUUGUUUACCAGUAAAUUUGUCUGAAACUAUGAAACAUAAUACUUUGGUAUAAGCUGAUGAGUUAAACUUUAUGUUAAAAACAUCCACAACCCAUAAGGCAUAAUCCAUAAACUAGAGAAAAUAAGUUUUUCGUUUACAACUUUUAACAAAGUGAAAGAAACAGAGUGACAGGGAACAGCGUUCCAAUGUCUUGACAUGUGGGUUAAUAUGGCUUCGCACGUGCGGUCCACCGGUCACAUUUAUAUAAACUAUAAUCUAUAUGUAUAUCAAUAUAUAAUACUUGUCUAUACCGUCCUAUAACUUUCCAAACAUUUGUCGGUCAGAUAUGAGCUUUAAAUUAUGGUUUUAUAUCUGUAAGUCGCAUACAAAUCAAAAG